UUUGUGAGGUUUUGCGUGACAGUUUUGGUUGGGUGAUAGAACGACGUGAAUUUUAAUACUUAUCACAAAAGUAAUGUUUUUAUGUAAAUCAAGCAUUUCGACAGUGGAACAUUAAUAUAAACAAGAUCGUCUAUAGCCCGUUAAUUCAAUUUGUUUGAUACGCAACGCCAUGGCCGCUAAGAAUGUCAUGGUUUCCAUGGAGUAGACUAUUUAGUAUUCAGUUUGUGUUCACCAAGCAACAAAGUCUGCAAGUAUUUAGGAUAUCGGAGCAAUAUAAAUGAGCAGUAUGUUUUCUAAGAAAAAGAAGAAGCCUCUUAUUUCGCCACCCAGUAAUUUUGAACACAGAGUACAUACUGGCUUUGAUAGACGAGAGGGCAAAUUUGUUGGACUACCACUGCAGUGGGCAUCUCUUGUUGGAAACAAUCAGAUACUGAAAUCAACAAACAGACCACUGCCAAUGGUAGAUCCUUCGGAAAUUACCCCCACGGAAAUCCUAGACUUAAAAACCAUAGUAAGAGGUGACCACCGCACUGCCUCCGUAUCCUCUCUAAUUUCCACUCCUUCACAAGUGCUACCGAACCUUCCAGUACAACCUGUGCAAAAUGGUGUUAUAUUGCCAAAAACAUCAAACGUUGCAAGAUCAAAUUCAUUGAGAAGUAGUAGUCCCCCUAGAAUAAGAAGAGAUUUCCGGAAUCAGCCUAAUGUUCCACCCGCAGUUCCGGAAGAGUCCCCACCUGUACCACCUGCCCCAACACAGUAUCCCAGUUUACGAAGAGAACACAGCAAUUACACUUUAAAUAAGCCAAUAGCCGAGUCGCCUACGGAAUGGGCUCAGCACACCCACGAGGCUACUAUCAGGCCUGUGUCGGAGCUGAAUGACAACCACCACGCUACCAUGACCUACCAGAAUGUGCAGAAUGCCAAUGUGCCUUAUCAACACAACCACCCACCGAAGCAGAUGUCUCAUAGUAGCAUACACCGAGGGCUCAAUGGAAAUAAUGCUAAUAUGGGUGAACCAUACGGCGCGCGGCCGGCGCACGCGCCGGGCGCACCGGGCGCGGCGCACCUGCCGCUCGCGGCCUCCAAGCACGAGCUGAGGUUGACUCAUGAACAGUUCCGCGCAGCGCUCCGCCUGGUAGUCAGCGAGGGCGACCCGCGCUCCACGCUCUCCGGCUUCAGCAAGAUCGGCGAGGGCUCCACCGGCGUCGUGUGCGCCGCCACAGACUCGCGCACGCGCCGCCGCGUCGCCGUCAAGAUGAUGAACCUGCGCAAGCAGCAGCGGCGAGAGCUGCUGUUCAACGAAGUGGUAAUAAUGCGGGACUACCCUCACCCGCACAUCGUGGAGAUGCACGCGUCCUACUUGGUCGGCGACGAGCUGUGGGUAGUCAUGGAAUACAUGGCGGGUGGGGCUCUCACCGACGUGGUCACUCGUGCGAGAAUGGACCCGGAGCAAAUUGCUACGGUCACCAAGCAGUGUCUGAAGGCUCUAGCGUUCCUCCACGGGCAAGGCGUGAUACACCGGGACAUCAAAUCCGACUCGAUACUUCUCACAGCAGACGGCAGGGUCAAACUAUCGGACUUUGGUUUCUGUGCUCAAGUCUCUCAGGAGCUUCCAAAACGUAAAUCCCUAGUCGGCACGCCAUAUUGGAUGUCGCCCGAAGUGAUAUCCCGGUUGCCGUACGGGCCUGAGGUGGACGUGUGGUCGCUCGGCAUCAUGAUGGUGGAGAUGGUCGACGGGGAACCGCCGUUCUUCAACGAGCCACCCUUGCAGGCGAUGCGUCGCAUCCGCGACAUGCCGCCCCCCCGGCCGCGCGGCGCCGCGCGCUGCCCCGCGGACCUGCUGGGCUUCAUCGAGAGCGCGCUCGUGCGCGACCCGGCGCAGCGCCUCGCGGCCGCGCGCCUGCUGCAGCACCCCUUCCUGCGCCGCGCCGGCCCGCCCGCGCUGCUCGUGCCGCUCAUGCCGCCGCCGCCCCGCCCCGCCCCAGCCACCUGUAAUUAAGAUAUUCCUAACGACUCACCAGAUGCCCACCAGUUCGACACGAAAAAGACGUAUUUAUUUUAUCGAAGUGACGUAGAGCUUGCAGCUUCCUUGCAUUUAGCAUUCCCACAACGAUCAUGACAAACCAAAGUUGUUAAGAAGCAACUUGUAAAGUGUAAUUUUAGUUUUUUGUACAAAAUAAUCGUACCGUCACGCAUUUUAGCUAUCGUAAGCGGGAAUUACGUAUAGACCUGAAAUGUUAGUAUCCUAUAUUAUGUUUUACUAAGUACAACUUUAAGAUUGUAACCAAACCUAAAAUGUGACUUUCCAAUCAAUAGAUACCUUAUGACAACUGUAUAAGGUAGGUUUUUGAAACAGAAAGCCGCAAAUAUUUAAUUACAAUGCAACUAAAUAUAAAACUAAACCACUACUAAAAUAUAUGUUAUCGUAAUGACGUACGUAUCCUAAAAUUGUAUUGUAUGACAAGUGACCUGAAUUAAGUAACAAUCCGUUGAUUGUGGUUGGUGGAACCGGUACCUAAGUGUUGUAACAGUGGAUUUUCGGUUAAGAACGAUGUUGACAUGAGUGCGAUAUCUACUCAAUGCUAAAUGAUUGUAUAAUGAAUCGUGUAGCUAAUUAGCUAUUAAAACGCUCCGAUUUUAACUGCUAGAAAUCAAGUUCGUUUUGGAUUCAUGAAUGCCUGAAUGAACAUUUGAGUUUUCACUUCUACUUCGCUUUUUGAAAUUAUUUCUCUGCAUCUUUCUUAUCUGAAAUCCACUCGUACCCUAAAUUUAGUAGCUUUCAAAUAACGGUUUAAUAUACUUGACAACGUAUUUACAACAUUUAAAUACGUAAUUUCCGCGUCUUCUCUUCCAGUGAAGUCAUUCCAUUGCCGAUCCAUAUGCUGUAUGGAAAACAUUCCUUGUAUUUCUUUAUUCUUUAUUCUCUUGAACAUGUAAUCGAUAUAUCGUUGAAAAUAUAUUUAUCGUGUUUUUAUGCCAUAAAAUUGUUGGAUACAUGUUUGUUGUAGAUUUAUGCAUUAGUGUAUGCCUUUAAGCGUUAAGUAAUAUUAUCACGUUUCUAUAACUCCCGUCCAAAUGGAGUGUUAUACUGUUUUCUUGCACUAUAAUAUUGUAAUCAUACUUUAAUGACUUAAAACAAGCCUUUUACACUUAUUUAGGUUCUUACCGAAUCGUGUCUUGUUAUACAGUGUGUUUUAAAAUUAGUAUCUUAGAAGAUGACAAAAAUUGAUCAGUAUUAUUGAGUAGCAAGACGGCUGCUAUUGUACUUAACUUACUAAAUUUUAAAUCGAUAUUAGUGGAUAUUAUUCGUAAUAGUAAGUUAAAAACGUCGAUUAAUCUUCUACAUUCCGGAAUGAGUAUUUUAAAUUUCUAUUUUCUUAUUUUUAUAUUCAACUUUAUACUUGAUAUGUAAUGUUAUUAAAUGAAAUUUACAAAACGGUCAUAUCAGCCGAUGUUUAGACUUAAGACUGAGCCCAAAAUCUCAAAUAUUCUGCCUAUCGGGCGUCGUAUGAAACAAAUCAAGUUUCUUUAUGGAACCAGUGUCCUGGCCCAUCAAAUUCAGUGGCAGCUAAAUAAAUAAAAAAAUGUUCAAUAAACUUUAGUCCGGGGAAGCGCGACCCCGGGUAAAGAUGGAAAAUCUUAAACCCUUACGCAUACUUGUAAAAUGUAUAGACGCAGUUGCCUUGACCUCACGUCCCAACAGAUUGUUGUUUCUUGCACGAGCAAUCGACAUAAGUAUAUAUAUCUUAGUAAAUCAUAAUUUUUUGCAUUCGAGCGUAUUAACAAAAUGAAAUUUAUUAUUAAUAACAGAGUUACAAUUCAACACAUUUACAGUCAACGAAGUUUUAUUAGCAAUAAGAAUAAAUAGAGUCACAAAUAUUCUUUCUUUCCGCUCCAUAGGUAUUUUAAAGAAGUUAGGAUAACUAAAAAUCGAUUUGGCCUUAAAACUGUGAUGUAUUUGAACCUGAUUAUAUUUUAAUUUAACGAAGUUUUGCCUGACAGAUAUUAUAGGAAAGAUUACAUUCUUACUUGCCAGAUUUUAGAGGACUUGUAUAGUCUUGUACGAAUAAAACUCAUUUGAACGACUUAUUGUUAAACUUUUGUAGAACUGGUACGCGAUCAGGCGAUCACCAUAGCCUCUCGAUGCUUGUAGUUCGGAUUUAUAAUGUUAGAGUCUGUGCGGAAGCCGUGAAAUGUAUGGGAUCCGAUCCAAUACAUUCUACGACUCUUCUCUUUCUGCACAGACUAUAGUCGUUUGAGUGAAUUUUAUAUGUAGGUACGAACAAACCACACGAUUUUGGCCUUAAUGUUUAGUGAAUAACAUUACCUACUAACAAAGUUGUUUGUGAAUUAGAAAGCUAGAGUUGUGACUAAACGAUACAUGUUUAAAUCGAAAACGUAGGCAGCUAGAUGUUAUUAAAAUAGACUAGAGCCUUACCUAGACUUAGUGCCUUAACACAGCCUAGAUUGUUGAAUGCACCGUACGUUUGUUAUUUACAAUAUUUGCUUGUAUUUAUACAAUAACAUGUUAAAGUAGAUCUUCAUCACAAAUCAUUUUCAUUGUCUUCUUGCGACAUGAUGUUAUUAAUCAGAAUGUCAUAAUUUAUUUGUAUCAAUGUCAAAUUUAUGUAAGGUAUAUGCCAAAUAUUUUGUAAAAUUAUGAUAUCACAUUGUUAUAAGAUUGUUAUGAAAUAUAGAUUUUGAGAAAAAAUAA